AUGGUGGCUAUGGCUGUGCAAGCUGCUUUGAAUCUUUCAGCCAAACAAUCAUCACAACAAGAACAACAACCUUUGACAAUAACUGCUCCCAAAAACAACCCAAUGAAGACAAUCAACAACAAGAAAUCUCAAUUCCCAUCGGCAGUGUCAUCCUUCGUCAUGACCAAAUUAAAGGACAAGAGAGAAAACGAAUUAUGUCCAACCUGUGUCUAUUUGUUAGAUUUCGCACUUGCUGAUUUGGAGGCUGCUGUCGAUGCUGGUGCUGCUUUUUCAUGCAUGAGUCUGUGCAAAGUCGUGGCUCCCUAUGGUCCCUAUGUCUUUGCUGGUUGUGAAGUCAUUUGCACAGCUAUUGGAGUGAAUGCCUUCAUUGCUGUAUUGAAGAAGGCAGAUUUGGAUCCAAUUUAUGGAUGUCAAUUAAUGACUGUUUGCCCCAUUCAUGACUGUACAGCCAAGACUUGUGCUGUCUUUACCAGUGCCACUGUGGUUCCACAAGUCUCAGUCAUGGGAGGUAAAGUUUGGGCCAUUCAAUGA